CGGCUUAAAAUGGAACAAACUGAAAAGGAUUGGUGAGUUUUUUUAAGCAUAGAAUAUCUAAAAUCACAUUAAAGUUGUUAGUUAUAUUAUUAUUAAAAUAAAUCUAAUAAAUGUUAGCAGCUUGAUUUAAAUAAAUAAAAUACAUCUAACUAUAAAAAUUACAUAUACCUUUAUAAUGUAGCGGAAUUUCCAUGUUAUUGUUAUUAACAAAAAAAGAAUUAAAAGAGAUUUUGUAAUAAUGUUUAUGACACCGUAGAGCCAUAUUAUCAAUUGUAUAGCGCUCAUGAUUACCGGAUGGAGGAUAUAUGUAUUGUGGUUAGUAGAUUUUAGACCAGCUUGAAAAUAAAUAAUAUUUAUAAUAACAGUACAGUGAAUUUCAAUAAGAGAAAAUGUGGUUUAAGAGUCUGCAAUUUUUGUGUCUUUUAAAUAGUUUUAACAGAUUAACUAUCGCUCUUAUCGCAAAUGGACCGAGCUGCUUUAUAGAAGAAAAUCAAUUUGGAAAAUGCAUUCCAGUCUCGUUGUGUCCACGAAAUCAAAAAUUAUCAAAAAGUUCAAUGGACUCAAGAUCAUCAUGUCAAUCAGGAACAACCUGCUGCAUGGUAUUAGCAAAAAUCGUUACUCCCACCAACGUAUUUCCUCCCUCGUCAGCAGGAGGUAUAUCACCAGGAACAUCAUCUGGUAGCAAUGCAGGGGUAUCGGGACCUCCAACUCAAACUAUAUCAUCAACAUCUGCAUCUGGUGCGCCAUCGGCUACAGCAAGUCCUAAUUCUCCCUCUGGAUUUUCUCCGAGCGGAGCACCUCCAGGCGGAUCUACUCCACCAAACGGUGGUCAACCUCCAGCUGGGUCACCGCCUGCAGGAUCGCCGUCUGCUGGAUCACCGCCUGCUGGAUCACCGCCUGCUGGAUCACCACCUGCUGGAUCACCGCCAUCUGGAGCUCCACCACAAGGUUCAUCACCGCCUUUAUCAGGAAAUAUAAUAGCCGAACCAGACAUCCCCUCUAAGACAUUACCAGGCUCAUCUCCAACUUUUGAUUAUUCGGAUACUAUUGUAGUAUCUGCCGAAGAGAUAGAUCCUGCUACAGAAUUAUCUGAUAUGAAAUGCGAUGCAUAUCACUCUAUGAUUAAAUUAUCAAACAUUGAGACGUUUCCAGUAAAUCCAAAACCUGUAAGUCCCAUUGUAAUGAUUUAUGGCGGAGUCAAUUCAGGAGAAAAAGAAUUUCCACAUAUGGCAGCCUUGGGAUAUGGUGAACCUAAUUCCAUAAAAUGGUUGUGUGGUGGCAGCCUAAUUUCUGAAAACUUUGUAAUUACAGCAGCACAUUGCUUAUCAUCAAACGCGAUAGGAGACGUUAGGUAUGUAAGACUGGGAAAUUCACAGUUAGACCGGAAUACUGCGAACACUCAAUUAGUUAACGUAAUAAGACGAAUUCCUCAUGCACAAUACAAUGCUGAAACCAAGUACAAUGAUAUUGCUUUGCUUGAGCUUGGAAGAAAAGUAGAAAUUUCUCAAUAUGUUUUACCUAUUUGCUUGUUUUCUUCCACCGAUUAUGAAGAUAAAAAUAUUAUAGCCACAGGGUGGGGUAAGACACAAUCUGGCUCUACAAGUCAAACUUUAAAAAAAGUGGGACUUGAAUUGUUUACACAGGCCGAAUGUCAAGAAGCCUACAAGCUCGUUUCAAGACAGCAGCUUCCUUUAGGUAUACAGGAAACGAAACAGCUAUGUGCCGGAAGUCACUCUCAAAGCAAGGAUACAUGUCAAGGAGAUUCUGGAGGACCACUACAAAUUCGCAAAAAUAGUAGAUGGUAUUUAAUAGGAAUAACAUCCAUUGGAAUUCAGUGUGGCAUACAGAGUGUUCCAGGCAUAUAUACCAGAAUUGCACCGUACGUCCAUUGGAUACAACAGACUGUAUGGGGAAAUAAAUAACUAAAAUAUUUCAGUUCACUUAUUUUAAAAUGUAUCUAUUCUAAAUAUUUGACACAACAAUUCAGUAUAUUAAUAAUAAAUAGUUUUGUGUAUUUCAUUGUUAUAAAAUAUCAA